ACGGGCCGAGCCGGAAGAACGAGCGGAGGGCCGAGGGCCGAGGACCGGCCGGGGACCCCCCCAGGACACCGCCGGCGCCGCCCCCGGAGCGAGGGUCUCCCGCCCGCGGCCAUGGACUGGAAAAGGCAGCCCAAGCUGUUCAACCUGCCACCUCUCGGGCUCAGGUUGCACGUGGUGACCUGGAACGUGGGAACGGCAUCCCCCCCUCUGGACGUCAGUGCCCUGCUCCAGCUGGACGGACCGGACUCGAGGGUGGACAUGUAUGUCAUUGGUUUGCAGGAAGUGAACUCCCGGAUCAUGAACUUCCUCACUGACCUGGCAUUUGACGACCCGUGGAGCAGCUUCCUCAUGGAUGUCCUCUCUCCUCUGGGCUUUAUCAAGAUCUCCUCCGUCCGCAUGCAGGGCCUGCUCCUGCUGGUCUUCAUCAAGUGCGCACACGCGCCCUACCUCCGCAACAUCGACACCAACUAUACCCGUACCGGCCUCUUCGGCUACUGGGGGAACAAAGGGGGCGUCACCGUCCACAUGAGUCUCUACGGCUACUCCAUCUGCCUCAUGAACUGCCACUUGCCCGCCCACAUGGACAACAUCGAUCAGAGGCUGGACACCUUUGAGCGGAUCCUGGAGAUGCAGGAUUUCUCCAGCAAGGACGUACCCAACAUCCUGGACCAUGACCUCCUCAUCUGGUUCGGGGACCUGAACUUCCGCAUCGCAGACCACGGCAUGCAUUUUGUCCACGAGUCCAUAAGCAGUCACCGCUACAACCUGCUGUGGGAGAAAGAUCAGCUUAACAUGGCCAAGAGGAAAGACUCACUGCUUCAGGAGUUCCAGGAGGGCCCCCUGCACUUCAUGCCAACUUACAAAUUUGACCGCAACUCAGAUGUCUACGACACCAGGGCACAGUCGACACUGUUUUGGUUUGACGGGAAGAAACGUAAACCCGCCUGGACCGACCGGAUCCUCUGGCGGCUGAAGCCCCCUCCCCUGACCCAGUUGACCUCCGCCUUCCCCGGGGACCCGGACCACGUGUUCCACGUGAUGCUGAGCAGCUACACCAGUCACAUGAGCUAUCGCAUCAGUGACCACAAGCCGGUCACCGGGACUUUUAACCUGGAGCUGAAGCCCCUGGAAUCGGCCCCACUCAUCACGCUGAACCCUGAGGGGGAGUGGACCAGUGACCACGACGCCAUCGUCAGUUUCUCUGAAACUCCCAACUUUAUCAGCAACUCCUGGGACUGGAUUGGGCUAUACAGGGUGAUGUUUCGCCAUGUGAAUGACUACGUGACCUAUGUGUGGGUCAAGGACAACCAGGUUUCCUCCAGUGAGGGUGUGAGUCAGGUGUACAUCAGUGCCAAGGAGAUUCCGCAGAGCGGAGGGGAGUUCAUCCUCGGUUACUAUAGCAACCGCCUGCAGGCACUGGUGGGAAUCAGUGAGUCCUUUCAGAUCCAACCGGGACUGCUGGACGCGUUAUCAAGUCACGAGGGAGAGCUGGACGAGACCUGGUAGCUCAGCCAGCGUGGACUUCUGAGCUAGGAUCGCAUCGAGCACAGAGCCCCUUAGCCCCCACCCCCAAGCCGUGUCUGUGGGGAGAGGAGGAGGAGGCCCCAUCACCUCGAGGUACCAGGCGGAGAGCGGGGGGCUCGUCUUCUCAGAAGACGGACUCCUGGCGACUUCCCCUGUGUCCUCCUCCCGGAUCCUCACGACCGCACCCCCUCCUCUUGGGUCUGCUGCCGCUUGGCUCCGGGCCUUCUGGACUCUCAGCCCCUGCCUGGAGCCCGAGGGACAGUCUUCCAGUCCAGCAGAGGAGUAGCCAAAGAGCCUCCCUGCCUCCCGGUCCCCGUGGCCCCUGACCCAGUCCUCUCGUUUCCAAACUCCCACCCGCUGGAAUGAGCAAUGGCAAACACAGGUCUCGGUUUCCAGGACCUGGAUCGAUCCAGCUAGUUUGUCAACAGGCAUGGCGACGGGGGCCAGAGCGCAAGGGUUCCCAGGGGCUAGAGGGUGGCGGCGGGGGGGGGGGCUCGGUCUGCCCCUCCUUGGCCCGGCACAAGCCCCGGGGGGCCGGUCUCCCCGAGAGGCUUCUGUCCCAGCUGGCCUCGGCCCACUCCUGCUGCUGCCCGGUCCCUGGGCUCAAGGCCAGUGGGAGGUGCGGGGGCCUGGCAGAGCCGCUCACAUUUGUACAGGAAUCCGCGGCUGGCAAGGCACGGUUGGCACAAGCCCUUUGGCUCGCUUAAGGAAUCUGAGCUGCGUGCCCCUCUGUGAGGGGGUCAGACGAGUGUGGGGUUUGCUUUCUCUAACAGGGGGGAAAGAGGGCAGAGGUGGAGUUCCUCAACAGGGCCAUGCUGGCCAGGCCUCAGCUUUGGGAAAAGGUGCUGGGAGCCUCCUCCAGCCUCUGUUCAAGUGGCUUCCCCGUGGCCAGAGCACCAGAGACCGGGCUCAGGUGGGGGAAGGGACUCUAGAGGGCAGCUGCGUCACUCCCAGACCCCUCCCCCGGCUCUGGCACCAAGCGUCGAACUUGAGUGGGCAGCAGGGGUGAUGCCAAAGCUUCUGACCGUCUGGACGUGUGGCUUCCUCCUUCCUGCUGUCCUCUGACAACCUCAGGUCUGUGACUGCCCCUUGGGUGUCCCAAUAGCUCUGUGUCCUCCCCGUCCCCCAUAAGGAGCUCUCUCUGGCCCCCUCCCGAAUAGGCAGGACCGGUCCACAGUGGUCUUCUGGCAUUAGCAUUUCUCCCUCUGAGGGUUCCCCUCCGGCGAUGACCACUAGCCUGGGUCAUUUUUCCACUCGCCUUGUGCACACUUUCCUGCCCCACUCCAGCAUCACCACCCCCCGGGGUCUCCAUCGGAGCAACCUCAGGAAGCUGGCGAGUUCCAGAUUCGCUAUCUUCCGGGCUCGGAGGCAUCUGUCCCACCUACAAUCGCUCCACCUGCCUCUGGCCCCACUCGCUCUCACCACCGUCCCCGCUCCUGCGCUGGCCAAGGCCCAGGCUGCCCCUGUGUCCGUCCAUCUGGCCUUGCUUGGUGUGGGGGAAGAAUUAGAUGCAGCUGCAGAUGCGUGGGGUCUUCAGGUUCAUCUGGGAGACUCACACCUGGAAUCUGCUGAGUUGAGGGGUGGGGGGUGUGUGAGGGAAAAGACCCUCCCACCCCCACAUUAGGUCCUGGGUCUCCUUUACGUAGAAGGGAAGGAGAUCUGCAGGAAGAGGACCCAUUUGACCACCUGCUAGCUUUAGCCUUAGUACUUAGGGAAGAGGUGUAAAUAUUCAUGAAUGUGCACAUGCAAACACAAAAAGACCCAGAUGCAAAUCCAGGGGCAGACAUAAGCAUGCAGUUGUGCUUAUAUGUAUAUAUAUAUAUGCACACAUAUACACUGCCACAUAGGCACAAGUACACAGACCCACCUAUGCAAAUGUACCCAAAAAUAUGUACAGAUGUGUGCAGGCGCACACACAAACACACGCCACUGCCGCCCCACCCCCUGUUCUGGGGCAGCUGGUCAGCACCGCUCCCUGGGUGGGGCCGGAUACGGAUGGAUAAGGGAGUGAGGAGGCCUGGGUUCCCAUUCCCUUCUCACCCUGCCCCCGGACAGCUAGGUACCGCCUUCUCCCUGUUUCUGAUGGAAAGGGGGGAGCGCAGCUAGCCCAAAAGAUUUAGGACCCAUCGGAAGGUUUUUUUUUGUUAUGUCUUAUUUAAUAAAGGACUGGAGUUUGUUUCUGAAACUCU